AUGUGGGGUUGGAGCUAUAACACCAAUCUCUUGCGCUUCUCCUCUUCUCAAUUGACUCUCUUUGCCUCUAUUAGACACACAAAAAUGACGAAUACAUUGGAAAAGCCAACUGGCGAGUAUCGUCAGUACCUGCCGGAUCUCAGCCUGGAGCGCUUCCAGGUGAUGUGCCAGCAGGAUGCCCACGAGUACGCACAUGCUUUUAAGACAGGCCACCAACCGCCGUGGCUACAUGCAUUGUAUAUGCACUGGCUAGAGUUGUUGCAAGAGCCUUUCAAGGGUGUCACUACCGACGGAAAUGUCCGCCCGGGCCUAUUUACACUACAAGAAGAAGACGUUCCAAUCCAGGAUAUUGUCAGCGCAACAGAAGCGGUCACAGCUCUGCUUGAAGACAAACAAAAAGAAGCUAUCAACUACCACAUCGAUUCCCCACAAUGGCGCACAUGGUCCAACCCAGAGUUCUUGCUAGCGCACAAGGGAAUCCGACUCGACGAAGUCAAUUCGCAAACCCGUGACGCUGUCAUGAACGUGCUGAAAACAACCCUCUCCCCCGAGGGUUACGACAAAGCCGUCAGCGCAAUGCGAAUCAAUCAUUUCCUUGGCGAACUGGUCAAGUCGCCCGCUGUGAUGAAUGAAUUCUCUUAUAAUUUCGUUCUUUUCGGUCGUCCAUCCACCACCAGACCCUGGGGCUGGUCCUUCUAUGGCCACCAUCUAUGUCUGAAUAUUUUCCUGUACAAAGGGCAGAUCGUCGCGUCGCCAUGGUUCACGGGCGCAGAACCAAAUGAGAUCGACGCGGGUCCACAUGCCGGCACGCGUAUCAUGCAGUUGGAAGAAAAGCUCGGGCUACAGCUUAUGCAGUCGCUUUCGGCCGAACUCCAGUCCUCGGCGCGUGUCUUUGCUCAAAUGAAAGAUCCCGCCAUGCCGCCCGGUCGCUGGAACAAGGAUGAUCAACGCCAUUUGUGCGGUGCGUACCGAGACAAUCGCGAAGUGCCCUAUGAGGGAAUUCUAGCCUCGACAUUUGACUCCGCACAGAAGAAUCUGAUGUACGGAAUCUUGGAGCAAUACCUUUUGUAUUUGCCAGCGAAAUCACGGGCAAUGAAAAUCGAGCAGGUGCGUGCUCAUGAAGAGGAGACGUACUUUUCUUGGAUUGGAGGAUUUGGGGACGAAGAUCCAUUCUACUAUAGGAUUCAGAGUCCGGUUAUUCUCGUUGAAUUUGAUCACCACUCAGGCGUGUUCUUGAACAACGAGGAGCCGAAGAAGUUCCACAUUCACACACUUCUUCGGACACCGAAUGGGGGUGAUUAUGGUCAGGCACUGCGUCCUCUCAUUCCGGCUGUUGAGGGUUUGAAUGGGAAGGAAAUUGUCUGGUAG